AUGAGAAACCACACAGAAAUAACAGGGUUUAUCCUCCUGGGACUGUCAGAUGACCCAAAGCUCCAGGUGGUCAUCUUUGCCUUUCUGCUCAUCUCCUACAUGCUCAGCAUCACUGGGAACCUGACCAUCAUCACCCUCACCCUGCUGGAUUCCCACCUCCAGACCCCCAUGUAUUUCUUCCUCAGAAAUUUCUCUUUAUUAGAAGUUUCAUUCACGACUGUCAGUAUACCCAAGUUCCUGAGCACCAUUAUUUCAGGAGAUAAAGCCAUUUCUUUUAAUGAUUGCAUGGCUCAGUUAUUUUUUCUCAUUCUGUUGGGAGUCACUGAAUUUUACCUUCUGGCUGUAAUGUCCUAUGACCGUUAUAUUGCCAUCUGCAAACUUCUGCAUUACAUGAUCAUCAUGAAUCGGAGAGUCUGUAUAUUCCUUGUCUUUGCUUCCUGGCUGGCUUCAUUCUUAUUCAUGUUCCCUGCACUCAUGUUGUUCUUAAACCUUGAUUACUGUAGGUCUAAUAUUAUUGACCAUUUUACCUGUGAUUAUUUUCCCCUGCUGCAACUUUCUUGUUCAGACACAAAAUUCCUAGAGAUAAUGGGGUUUUCCUAUGCUGUGUUCAUUCUACUGUUCACUUUGGCAUUAAUAAUUCUAUCUUACGUAUAUAUUAUUGGAACCAUUUCAAGAAUUCCUUCUACUAGUCAGAGGACAAAGGCCUUUUCCACCUGUUCAUCUCACAUGAUUGUCAUCUCUAUGUCUUAUGGCUGCUGCAUUUUUGUGUAUAUUAAACUGUCUGCAAAUGACAGAGUGUCUUUGAGCAAGGGAGUUGCUGUGCUAAACAUCUCAGUAGCCCCCAUGCUGAACCCUUUUAUUUACAGCCUAAGGAAUCAGCAAGUCAAGCGAGCCUUGAUGGACAUGGCGAGGAAGACUCUAUUCUUCUCAAGCAAACGAACUGAUACAGUGUAA